AUGGAAUAUUUGGGGGGGUUCGCGAUUGCACAGAGCCUCAGUGCUGCCCAACAGACCGUACAAGGGGAGUUCGUCGCGAACUCCCUACAUGGCUCAUUCAUAUACGCGGGAAACUCGGAGGACCCCAUAUUCUACCAUGUAGAAAGGCUGCGCGAUGGAAAGGGUUUCUGUACCAGAUGCGUACGUGCUUUACAGAGAACAAGGCCGAUUUUCAUUUGCAAUGUCAGCUUUACCAAGAAGCGAGAUACAGGAAAGGGAAAAGAAAACAUUCAGCACGCCUCCCCAAUGCCUCCGGGUAUUCCAGUACCAGAGGAUAUGUGCACAUUCGGAGACGAGAUAAAUUCUCCUUUCAUCAAUAGAAGUGUGGGAGUAUUGGACAAGGGAGGACAGCGUCGACCGGAGGAUAAAUGCUUCCAUCAAUGGAUCAAGGCCAACGGUACAUUGUCCCCAUCAGCUAGUGUUCAAGUCCACCAGGCAGCACUGGCCUUUAUGUCAGACAGCUAUUUUCUUGCCGGUGUGCCUCAUAGUCAUGGGAUCUGGCAGUUUGUGGAAACUCCAAUAUCCGAGUUCCACCCUUCGCCAAACGGUCUUUCAGCGUCAACUGAAAAACACACUGAGAUUCGACGACCACAUCUAGAACCCCCGGAAGAUAGAGCCGUUGUUGAGGAGCCGAGGGUGUCUAUGAUGGUUAGCUUGGAUCAUACCAUAUAUUUUCAUAAUAUGGAAUACUUCCGAGCCGACGAGUGGUUACUGUCGGAAAUACAGAGUAGUUGGGCAGGGAACGGUCGCGGUCUAGUCCAGCAGCGAAUCUGGACUAAGAAUGGUGAACCUGUAGCAACUUGUAUCCAGGAGGUCAGUACAACUUGGACCCCAUAUCCUGUACUUCUAUCAAACUUCGCAAUUACUGACUGCUACUAG